UUGCCUAACUGCUGUCAAAAGGACUACGUAAACUUUGUAUCAAGUCAAGGAAAAGUUAGUUUGUAGAGAAUAUAAAGGCUUUGUAAUUUUAUUAGUGUUAACGAGAACAAACUAAUCAUGGACGAAGACGAAGAAACCUUAUGCAGAUACGGAACGCCUUUGCCAUCUUACGAAGAAGAUGUGAUUCCUUCCAAAAAACCUGUCCCAGUCGAAGAUCAAAUUGUUCUGGACGUAAACGGCAAACGACGCUUUCACGGGGCUUUUACAGGUGGGUUCUCUGCCGGAUAUUGGAAUACUGUCGGCUCGGAGGAAGGAUGGAAGCCUACAGAAUUCAAAAGCUCACGUAAAGAAAAAGCUUCCUUUAAAUCCCAAAAUCCUGAGGAUUUUAUGGAUGAUGAAGAUUUGGGAGAAUUUGGGAUAGCACCUCAACGUGUUCAAACAAAACCGGAUUUUGCACAUUCUAGCACAGGACCAAAGCGUCGAAUGGUACAGGGAAAUUGGGGUGGUCCGAUUCCUGGACAACCGGUUCUCAAAGCGUUGCUCGAACCUGCGAAGGAAAAAACUGCGAUAUUGAUCCUCAAAAAAAUGGGAUGGCGCGAGGGGCAAGGUAUAGGAGAUCGCCAGAGCAAAGCAGAAAAAAAGAAGGCAAAAGAACGCAACCGGAAAGAAGAAUACGUAAUGAAAAUGUACGGAUGCAACCUACCCGGGGAAAGAGCGACAACAGAAAAUUCCGAAUCAGAUAGCGAUGUCUCGGAUUACGAAGUAACUUUUGCGCCUGAUGAUUUUGAUCCACUUGUAGCAGCAAUUAAAGACAAUACAUUUGGUAUGGGGUAUUCGGGUUUAGAGCGACAAUUGGGAUCAAGCUCGAGCAUGCACAACGUUCUUGAAAUUUUGGAUAGAAAUAACAAAAAACUUUCGAUUCGCGGACAGGCAUUUGGUGUUGGUGCACUGGAGGAUGACGAUGACGAGGACAUAUACGCCAAAGAUGACAUGUCUAGAUAUGACUUUUCGUUGGAGGGCAAAUCGAAGCAAACUAUUACUUCAAAAUCAGUUACCAAUACUGGAUGUAUUGAAGGAUUUUGUACUUCAAAAAAAAUUGGAAGACAAAUCAAAAAAGUAUUCCGUAUUAGCCUGCCAGAACAAUUUUCGCCUCGUAAUUGGGGACAAAGACUUAGUCGAUUCGAACCGUUGAAUGAAACAUUAGCUAAGCGGAUUUUGUCGGAAUCACAGCAUAAAAAACAAGGACUUGGCCGACAUGAUUUGGACCCAAAAACACGUGGACAAGUUUUUGGUGAAAGUCCUAGCUCCACAUUGCAGUCGUCCAAAAAUGAAAUCGUAGAUUUGAUAAACAAACGCGCAUCCAAUUUUGUCACAGGUGAAAUAAUUAACAAAAGCAUGCCAUCCGAACAUGAAGAAGCAGAAUCUCUUAAAAAGGAUCUUCCUAAAUUGAACCUGAGAACAGAUGACACUAAUUUGAAUUCCAUUAAGGAGAGUUUUAAGCCAUUCAUCACCGAUACGGAGAAACAGGAACGAUACGAUAAGUUUCUCUGCUACAAAAUAUCCGAUAAAUACCAAACCAAAGAGAUAUUUCUAAGCUCACUGCAACCUCUAGGAAUGUCACCCUGGGAUCGAGAACGCGAGUUAAAAGAGUUUAUUCAAGCACAGCGUAUGUACCGUCCUAUGGACGGCUUGAUGUCCGAUCGCUUUGUGACGGAAUCAAGCCUGGUUACGGAAAAAGAAAUUGCAGAUGUGGAAAAAACCAUUGACAUUGUAAUGAAGCGGUCCAAAGUGAUGUGGAAACCACAUAAGGAACUCUGCAAGCGAUUUAAUGUCCCCGAACCUUUCGGCGGUAAGAUGGAUGAAGAAAAGGCAAAGCCAAAAUCAAAAUUAUCCGUAUUUGAUUAUCUCGAAGCGCCAGUAAAUAACAAAAGUGAUUUUGUUACACCGGUGAUUAUACCAAAAAGUAAAACUGAAAGUAGCGACAACAGGGAUUAUAUACCGGUACGAGUGUCAGCUAAGAUUUUUUUCUCAGAAAAAGACAGACCAUCCACUAGUAAUGCGACAUAUCCUACGCAACUACCGUUAGUAACUGAACCAUCAAAACAAGGUCUGAAAAAAUCCGACAACCGAACAGAGCUAGAGCAAAAGGUACUCGACAGUCUGAGCAAAAAACCGGAAGAGAAAAAGGAUCUUUUCAAGUCAAUUUUCUGCAGCAGUGAUGAAGAAGAAGAGAACGAAAUUGAAAAUCAACAGACUGUGCCAGUUUUAAUGACUGAAAGCGAAAAACUAAAACUGGUAGAAAGUCUUGUAGCAAUAAAACCUGCGAGUCAGGUAAAUGUCCUGCGAAAUGAUUCACCUCCACGAGGAAUCUUUAAAAGUAUUUUAGAUAUCAAAGGGACCAUACAGCAACCAAAUGAAGCGCUUUCUCCCAACACUGAAUCGAUUAAUUUGUCGUCUGAUUCCGAUGAAUACUAUGGGCCAAAACUACCGUCACAAGUGCCAGUCCUAGAAACUGCUGAGUAUAAAUCAGAGACUUUUGUGAAAAAUAUAGAAGAAACUAGUACCAGAGAACAUACUGAGGAAUGGGUUGAAAAAGGGAAACCACCAAUAAACAAAAACAAGAAGAAAAAGCAUAAGGAACAUAAAAAGUCGAAAAAACUUAAAAAAGAUAAGAAGUCAAAAAAGGUGAUAAAACAUAGGUAACAUUGAAAUAAA